AUGCCAGGUCCGGCUGCCGACGCGGGGCAGGCCCCCUUCUGCGACGCCGACGAGGAGCUCCGGGCCGAGCCGGGAGUCGCGGGGGGCGGCGGCGGCGGCGGCCCAGAGAAGCCGGGCGCGCGCGGGCAGCGGCGGAAGCAAGACAUCGUCUGGAGGAACGUGGUGCUGAUGGGCCUGCUGCACCUGGGGGCCGUGUACGCGCUGCUGCUCAUCCCCAAAGCCAAGCCGCUCACUCUGCUAUGGGCCUACUUCUGCUUCCUCAUGACCGCCCUGGGAGUGACUGCCGGUGCCCACCGCCUGUGGAGCCACAGGUCCUACAAGGCCAAGCUGCCUCUGAGGAUAUUUCUGGCUGCUGCCAACUCCAUGGCUUUCCAGAAUGACAUCUUUGAGUGGGCCAGGGACCACCGAGCCCACCACAAGUACUCGGAGACUGACGCGGACCCGCACAAUGCCCGCCGGGGCUUCUUCUUCUCCCACAUCGGCUGGCUGUUGGUUCGCAAGCAUCCAGACGUCAUUGAGAAGGGGAGGAAGCUGGACGUCACCGACCUGCUCGCGGAUCCUGUGGUCCAGUUCCAGAGGAAGUACUAUAAGAUCAGCGUGGUGCUCAUGUGCUUCGUGGUCCCCACCAUCGUGCCCUGGUACAUCUGGGGAGAGAGCCUGUGGAAUUCCUACUUCCUGGCUGCCAUCCUCCGCUACGCCGUCUCCCUCAACGGCACCUGGCUGGUCAACAGUGCUGCCCACAUGUACGGAAACCGGCCCUACGACAAGCGCAUCAGCCCCCGGCAGAACCCACUCGUUACUCUGGGUGCCAUUGGCGAAGGCUUCCACAAUUACCAUCACACCUUUCCCUUCGACUACUCCGCAAGUGAAUUUGGUUUAAAUUUCAACCCAACCACCUGGUUCAUUGACUUCAUGUGCUUGCUGGGGCUGGCCACUGACCGCAAACGGGCCACCAAGCCGAUGAUCGAGGCCCGGAAAGCCAAGACAGGAGAUGGCAGCGCCUGACGUGGAAGAGCAGUCCGAUGGGACACCUCGCUCCUGGCUUUGUUACUGUAGUCCCUAUGUUCAUUGGAUCGUAGGAGAGGGUGGUGGGCGGGGAAGGAACAGGAUCUGUGUGAUCUGGGAAUUUUCUGUUGGUCUCAAUGUCAAAAUACAACUAUCAGUGAAAAACUGAAGUCAGUAUUAGUACUAUGAUUUAACAUUAGGAUGUGGACAUGUGAUUUAAUUGCUGUAGCUACAAUAUCUCAAAUACACAUUGUUAUGUGCUUGUACCUGAUGUUUACCCCGACAGGACGAACAAGUUUAAUGGUCUUUCUGUGUGACUUGGGAGAGCAUUUAUUUUAUUUUCUCCCAGUUAACCAGCAUUGCUUUUAAACACAGUAUCUGAAGGGCAGAGGGCAGGGUAGGGGACAAAAGAGGGCUGUGCAUCGUAGCUGAAGACUGUUUCUGUUUUGGAAUUAUUCCGUGGUCGGUUUUUUGUUUGUCUAAGUGGGAUACUCAAAACCUUUAAGCAGUGAGAAUAUAGGAAGUGGCUCUUGUAUCUUGUUGUUGUUGCCCUGUUUACGGCUUGUUAAUGUUCCACUGUCUUUGUUUUAGGAGAUUUCUCAACACGAAGUUACUUUUGUGCCCCAAGCCAUAUACCCAACCUACCCUAUAAAUCAAUGCCCAUUUAAAUGGUUGAUUUUCUUCUCUUUCUCUAUUGUCAUUUUAAAGAUGUAUAACUCAGACAUCAAAUUAAACUCUCAUUUAAAUGUUUAGACACCUAAUUUAUAUUCUAAUUGAUCCCAGCCACUGAUGCAUGUACUUCAGCUACUUCUGCUAAAUAAGUGUAUUAAUUUUCCAUAUGAGGCCAUCAUAUCUUAAUAACUGACAGUUAGCUAGAACUCUAAUGUAUCUGCUGUUUCAUCUGCAUGCAGUCUUCAUUGAUUUUGCAGCAAAUUAUAAAGUGAUCAUUAUGUAGCUUCUCGAUCCAAAAAAACAAAUUUGUGUGUUACGUCUCCUUGUAAAGAGCAUGUUGAAUUAAUGGGACAGUGUGCCCUUUGUGUUAGAUGUUAGAGCAGAAGGAAGGUCUAAUGGUGUUGGUAUCCAAGUUCUUUAAGAGAGAUAAUUUCGGGAAAGAUGUAGGAUUUAAAAUUUACAUUUUAGAAACAGCGUUGAUGCCAAUCGGAAGUUGUCAUAAUGAAGUUCUUCAUCCGGCAGGUACUUAAUAGUGUUAUUUUGCCAUUAAUUAUGUGUAAAC